AAGGCUCUGGUUUGUGUUACAGUAAAACUAUAACUGGAGCUGCGGCGGAGACCUAGGUGAAUGAAGGAUCCUGCAAAGAAGCGACGAAAGAUUGUUUUUUCAAAAAAAGGCGAUGACAGCUAACAGAAUGUGUUGGAGUGUGGGCUUGAGCCACUGCUGUUUAGUGCUCGCUUGUCUGCUCAUUUGUGCUGAAGCCGUGCCUAUAAGUAUAGACAAGACAAAAGUAAGCCCUCCACCAGAGAAACCAGAAGAAAAGACACAAAAUGUGGACACUGGACUGCACUAUGACCGUUACCUCAGGGAAGUCAUUGAUUUUCUAGAAAAAGACCAACAUUUCAGAGAGAAGCUGCACAACACAGACAUGGAGGACAUCAAGAAAGGAAAACUAGCCAAAGAGCUGGAUUUCGUCAGUCACAAUGUGAGAACAAAGCUGGAUGAGUUGAAGAGGCAGGAAGUGAGCAGGUUGCGGACCCUGAUCAAAGCCAAGCAAGAUAUUGAAGGGGGAAAAGACAUGGCAAUUGACCAUCAAGCCCUGCUGAAGCAGUUUGAAUACCUGAACCACAUGAACCCUCACACUUUUGAAGUUGAUGACUUGGACAGGCUGAUUAAAUCGGCCACGAGGGAUCUUGAAAACUACGACAAGGAGCGGCACGAGGAGUUCAAGAGGUACGAGAUGAUGAAGGAGCACGAGCGGAGAGAGCACCUGAGGACGCUCGACGAAGAGAACCGGCAGAAGGAGGAGGAGCACUAUGAAGAACUGAAGAAGAAGCACGCCGACCACCCCAAAAUCAACCACCCGGGUAGUCAGGACCAACUGAAGGAAGUCUGGGAGGAAGCUGAUGGCCUGGAUCCGGAAGAUUUUGACCCAAAGACUUUCUUUAACCUGCAUGAUACCAAUGGAGACGGUUACUUUGAUGAACAGGAGUUGGAAGCCCUUUUUACAAAAGAGUUAGAGAAGCUCUAUGACCCCACUAAUGAAGAAGAUGACAUGGUGGAGAUGGAAGAGGAGAGACUCAGAAUGAGGGAACAUGUCAUGAAUGAGGUUGACAUAAACAAGGACAGACUGGUUUCUUUAGAUGAGUUCUUAGUCGCUACAAAGAAAAAGGAAUUCUUGGAGCCAGAAAGCUGGGAGACCCUGGAACAAAAUCCUGCUUACACAGAUGAAGAGCUCAAGGAAUUUGAGGAACAGCUUGCCAAAGAGGAGCAAGACCUGAACCAAAAAUCAGCUGAUCUACAGAAACAAAAGGAAGAGCUUGAGAGACAACAGGAACAGCUGAACGCUCAGAAGCUGGAACUUCAGCAGGCUGUACAACACAUGGAGAAGUUAAAAAGUCAAAAAGAUCAGGCUCCCCCAGAGGAUAAUGAAGGUGGGAAUGCACCCCCAGCUCCACCGGCAGGAAAUAAUGAGCCUCUACCUCCGGGACAGAAGGAGGAGAUACAGUCUCACCCCUAAUCGUUGUGCCUUUUGGGUACAGUACGUACUGUAUGUAUGUGGCCGUGUAUACACGCAGCCCGUGAGCAGCGUAGACGUACACAUACACACGACGACCUGCAAAUGAUUUGGAAAAGAAAUCCUUGCAUAAUUCUGUUUCCCCUGUUACCGUUUAAUUUCAUUGUCAGGGUAUGAACUGUAAAGAUGGUAAAUUAUUUAAAACCAGAACUUUGGAGACGGAUCUGUUGCUCUUGCAAAGAAAGAUGUCCAAGAUCACCUAACAAUUGCAACAUGAGGAUCAGUCCGAUUCUUAAUUGCUGUCUUUGGUCUUAAAGGUUUCAAUCUUGUUUUUUUUCCUACAACGGUAUGUUUUAUUAUUUAUCCAGGCUGAAUAAUAUUUUACAAUUAAUCCUAUGAGUAAGAUGAAUAAAGAAGGUUCCUUACAAUCUAUUUUGUGCUUCAUAAAGUGCAAUAUGUGUGGUUUAUAAGCCAAGGUAAUUUGUGUACUCUGAAAAUUGCAGGAUUAAUCCUUGAUGUAUAAAAAUUGGUUCCUUGCUAUAUUUUGUGCUACAGAAAGUGCAAUAUAUGUUUUUUUUAUGGUAAGGUAAUUUGAACCUAUACCUUUUGGUAAAAGGUCAUAAAUUCUAAUAUUAAACAAAAACUUGUUAAGACUGUCACAUUUUCCAACUGUUUUUUUAUUAAACUAAGGGAGACAUGAUCAUAUACCAUAUUAUUAAUGGUGGUCAAUGCUAAACAUGAAAACACUCCCCACUCACAAAAAUAAUUUGUAACUAAAAACUAUUAUUAGACAUUUGUUUCUAUCAGUAACUUUGCAAUGCAUGUCUUAUUUUCCUUGACUCAUAUUUAUCAAGUCCCGUUAUUUAGCAGAAUGUGGUCUCAGGAUAUAUAAUGUGCUAAGUGAUUUGGGGUUCAAAUUAUACUUGCAUGAAAAAAAGUCUGAAUGUACAGAGCUUUCUGUGCUACAAAAUAAGUCAUUCAGAAACCAACUUGGUGGCAAAAACACUUGAUUACUGUUUUGUGGAUACAAACACGUGGUGUUCAUAUGAUGAUUAGGUGUACAGUAAGACUAUUUACAGUUCAUAUGCCAUUAUAUAGUCUUUUAAUUUAAAUAGCUUUCAUUUUAAUUAGUGUGGGAUUUCCUUUUUGUAUAUACAUAAUGCAUUUGUUAAUGACCAUCUUUUGAGUUAUUUGAAAAUAAUAAAACAAUGUAAUGCACUGUUUCUUCAGUCUAUAUUUGAAUGGCCCCAAAACUUUUUAUUCAUAUAAAUUUAAAACAUUUAUGUUUUACUUAAAAACUAAUCAUUUUGGUUUGGGUUCUACUUCAAUAAUACAUUUAAGGUCAAACAGUGAAAAGAUACGAGUGCAAUUCAAUACACAAUGUUCAGCUGCUUCUUUUUGAGUUGGGGUACCCUUCCUACAAGUCUUUUAAUUUUAUUUCAUCCUGUAUGAAUAAGAAUAAAAUGUAAAAUGUCAAUAAUAAGUUACUAAGAAGUUUUAUUGCACGUUUGUAUUUAAACGCUGAAAACUUGGAGAGAUUAAUUUCUGCCUCUCAGUUUUCAGAGUGGCAUGCUCCUGCAGUGGGUAGCUCCUUCACAGUGCUGGAGCCCUGGGUUCAGUUCCAGAUCUGGGGUGCUAUCCGAGUGGAGUCUGUAUGUUCUCUCUGCGUUUGCAUGGGUUUCCUCCCAGAUCUAUUGUUAACUUAAUAAGCUUCCCAGAAAACUGGCCCUGGUGUGACAGCAUGGUGUCUGUGUGUGCGCCCUGUGGUGGACUGGCGUGCCGUCCAGGGCUGUAUCCUGCCUUUUGCCCGUUGUAUGAUGGGAUAGGCUCUAGCUUAGAAAGGGGAUGGAUUUUUUUGAAGAUGUGCAUGCAGGACGGCGAGAACAAGUCCUCUGCAUCAUGUAAGUCUAGGAAAGGGGAGCAAGUUAAGGACCAAAAUGCAGCAAGUGUUUAUUAUCCAGGACAAUUUUCAAUCCAGGGCUUUUUAAUUUUGUUUCCAAAUAUUUAUAUUGGGUAUGCUUAAUUUAUAUUUGGGAAGGUUUGUACUAUACAUGAUUUAACAUGGCACUGUCUUAAUCAAUUUAUGUAUCAAAACACCUAGGGGAUUUUCUAUGUGGUCUACAAUUCACCUAAAUUUUACUGGACCAAUGAAACAUUAACUGAGAUGAGCAAUUAUGGGUAUUUCUCUGGAAUGGGCCAGACACUGUAUUCUCUCCUUCUGCAUUUCUGUAUGUUUUCUUCUUAUAGAAUGGUAAACUAGUCUGGAGAAAGGAUUAUUUUAAAAGUGGCCAUCAAACAGAUGUAAAUCAUUUCAAUGUGUACCUUUUUAAAUGAAAAAAUAAUUCACAAUGAUCUUUAACACAGUUCAUUGUGUAAGAAAUGAAAGAAUAGAUAAAUGUUUUGCUUCAUUUUUUUUUUAAUUCCAUGAUCUGUGUACAGAAAUUUCAAGAGUUUGUAUCCCUGAAGUUAUUAAAAAGAAACGUUGCAGAUCGGCUUUUAUUCCCCAUCCAUAUGUAUGCUUAUUGUGUUUGGUACAAAGUGGUCCAUUGUUUUAUUAAAUGAAAAGAUAAAGCUGUUUCAAAGCUA